GAACAGUGAGCAGCCAGUGAAGCAUCCAGCCUGCCGAACAAGCUUGCUUUUAGGGUCAGGAACUGGUCUGACGAGAGAAUGGCAAUCCUGCCUUUAAACUGUCACUAGGACUGUUGACGAUGACUCUACCACAGGUCCGGGCCCAAAGGCGAAAGACUGAGCAAGAGAAUGUGAAGACAUAUUUCAGGACAUUGUGAGUGCCACUAAAGAUGUCUGUUAGUGUUGAUAUUGAAGAGAAACCACCAGCCCCCCCCUUGAGAAUGAACAGUAGUUCCCGAGACUCUUCAUCGUUGAAUCACGCCUCUAAACCGCUUCCAAUGGCUCCUGAAGAGAAAAACAAGAAGGUCCGCCUGCGCUCCAUCUUCCCCGGGGGAGACAAGACAAACAAGAAGAAGGAGAAGGAGCGUCCUGAGAUAUCCCUACCCUCAGACUUUGAACACACCAUUCAUGUGGGCUUUGAUGCUGUAACAGGAGAAUUCACUGGUAUACCAGAGCAGUGGGCGCGGCUCCUACAGACCUCGAACAUCACCAAGCUGGAGCAGAAGAAGAACCCGCAGGCCGUGUUGGACGUCCUAAAGUUCUACGACUCCAAAGAGACUGUCAACAACCAGAAAUACAUGAGCUUCACCUCCGGAGACAAGUCGGCACAUGGGUACAUAGCUGCAAACACUCUGAACCGGCUGCUGUCAUCUGGGCCUCCUGUCAGCCUUAGAACCUGCAGCGCAUUAUUUGACAAGGCUGCCAAAACAUCAUCGUCGGAGCCCCCAAUCGCUCCACCUGUGUCCGAAGAGGAGGAUGAGGAAGAAGAGGAGGAAGAGGAGGAGGAGGAAGAGGAGGACGAUGAUGACGAAUUGCCCCCUGUCAUCGCACCUCGGCCCGAGCACACCAAAUCUAUCUACACACGCUCGGUCAUGGACCCACCAAAGCCUCCCACCCCUGUGAAAGAAGUGGUGACUCCGCCGGAGUCACAGGUCCAGCCGGACAACACGUCCAACACAAUGUAUCGCCACACUGACCGCCAGAGGAAGAAGUCCAAAAUGACGGAUGAGGAGAUUCUGGAGAGACUCAGGAGUAUUGUGAGCGUUGGGGAUCCCAAAAAGAAGUACACACGCUUCGAGAAAAUAGGACAGGGAGCAUCCGGCACUGUGUACACUGCCAUCGACAUUGCAACCGGCCAAGAGGUGGCCAUCAAGCAGAUGAACCUGCAGCAGCAGCCCAAGAAAGAGCUGAUCAUCAAUGAGAUCUUGGUGAUGAGGGAAAACAAGAACUCCAAUAUAGUGAACUAUUUGGACAGUUACUUGGUAGGAGAUGAGCUCUGGGUGGUGAUGGAGUAUUUGGCCGGUGGCUCGUUGACUGAUGUAGUGACUGAGACCUGCAUGGACGAGGGCCAGAUUGCUGCCGUCUGCAGAGAGUGUCUUCAAGCUCUGGACUUCCUACACUCCAACCAGGUGAUCCACAGAGAUAUAAAAAGUGACAACAUCCUCUUGGGUAUGGACGGAUCGGUCAAGCUCACCGACUUUGGCUUCUGUGCCCAGAUCACUCCAGAGCAGAACAAGCGCAGCACGAUGGUGGGAACGCCGUACUGGAUGGCACCAGAGGUGGUGACCCGGAAGGCCUACGGCCCCAAAGUGGACAUCUGGUCUCUGGGAAUCAUGGCGAUAGAGAUGGUGGAGGGAGAACCGCCCUACCUGAAUGAGAAUCCACUCAGGGCACUGUACCUGAUAGCUACCAAUGGGACUCCAGAGCUGCAGAACCCAGAGAGACUGUCGUCUGUGUUCAGAGAUUUCCUUAACCGCUGUCUGGAGAUGGAUGUGGACCGCAGAGGCUCUGCCAAGGAGCUACUACAGCAUUCGUUCCUCAAGCUGGCGAAGCCUCUGUCCAGCCUGACGCCUCUGAUUGUAGCUGCGAAGGAAGCCAUAAAGAACAGCAGUCGCUAGGGCGUGCCCUCUGUCCGCACCCAAGGCUGGAGCCCCCGUCUGUGUUGUGUGCGUUCAUGGGGGGGCAGGGACCUGGGUGUAUGGGUGGUGGGUGACCUGAUAGUGAUGACUCAAGGAGGGGGAUUUGUGUGACUUACAGUGACAGCACAAGGACAAAAGACCCCCAGGCCUCGUGUGUAGAAUGGACAUCUGGCCUUGCAGCCACUCGGCCCAUGCUGCUGAAAAAGACCUUGCCUCUUCGUUUACUUUUCCAGCACUCUGUACAUGUAGAGCAGUCCAUCACAAGUGUCUGUGUGUGUGUGUGUGUGUGUGUGUGUGUGUCUGUGUGUGUGUGUGUGUGUGUGUGUGUGAGUGUGUGGGCGCGUGUAUCUGCGUGUGUGUGCACAUCUCUUUGUGUCACGUGUCUUGUUUUGGAGGCAGUUGCUCCGCAAACCCCCCCAAAAAUAGGGUGGAAAAAAAACUGAAAAGAAAGUACAUUCAGUUUCAAGAAGAAGAGAGGACGAGGAGAAACUGACAACACUGACGAGCCCUUGAAUCCUUCCCUGGCCCAGCUGCAGGUUGUGGUCUUCUCUCCUCCAGUCCCUCCACGGAGCUCGAAGGGGCCCUGCAACGGCCAGCUGACGCAAGAGAGUGACUCUGGACCCAACCUUUGCCUGCAUGACUAUGGCUCUGUGCAGAAACACUGCUACUCCUCUGCAGAUUGUCACAUCUCAACGUGGUGCGUGUGUACGUGCGCGCGUGUUUGUGUGUGUGUGUAAGGGGUGCAGCUACGGGGGGGGGGGGGGGGGAAGUCAUGAAUAAUUUCACAAGACCUUUGCCAGCUUUAAGCACCCUUCAGAAAUCUGCCUCAUGCCAGUGAGGAGAUACGGGUCUCAUGUUUCUUUCGAGGCAGCUCCUUCCAGUCAGUCUCUGUCACAGACGUCACCGGUGUUACCUGCAGUUGAUUUAUUUAGAAGUGUUGGUGCAGAGUUUCCCCAACAUAAAAUGAUGUUGAAUUCAACCAACAACUGUCACGCAGCGUCAAAGUGAAAACUUUGGUGUGUUACAUAAUUGAUUGUCAGGGUUGCUGAUUUUGUGAUAUAGUGACAGACACAUGAUUGGAGACACGCAUUCUGUAUUUGGGGAUACGCAUUCUUUUUCAGGGUGCUGGUGCAGGAGACACUGUGUUAUCCCAACUUUUCAGAUUUUCAUGACAGUGUGAAACAGAAGGUCAUGUACUUAUUCACCUGCAGUGAAUUGGAGGCCCAGUGCCAGACUUCAUCACAGUGUCCCAAGAAUCUGUGUAUCUUUAGACCUUAACCAAAAAGUAACAACAACGACAACAACAACAACAAAAUAUACCAAAUGUUAAUGUAUUCAAACUUAGUUGGUCAGUCAAAACCACAAUCUACACAGGGAGGGAGAUUUAUUUCUAAUGUUAUCUAUAGACUGUUUGAACAGAUAUUUUUCAUUGACAGUUUAAAUGACCAUGUCAAAUGAUGAUGAGCGACAUCUGAGCUCAGCGAGCAGAAACGUUAAAUGCAGAGUAAAAGAGGUUGUUGCAGUCGUUUCUCCAAUCUGGAAAAUAAAUCCUGUAUUUUCAGGGUGCAUGAAGGCAUGAGUAGGGCUUUUUGGUCUUAUCAUGUUAGAAUGCAGAAUAAAUUAUUCGUCUGUGGUGAUACAUGUUUGGACUGAAUGCCUGCCUUUCCUCAACAUGUCGAACAUCACAUAAUAAGGCGCCAACUGUCCUCACCCACCUCACAGAGCCCUUUUCCUGUGGAAUUCCAGUGCUGCUCAUUCAUGCUUCAGUGUCUUUUUGUCCCUUAAUGGCGUCUUAUGUGACUUUUUUCUCAUGUGACCUGUGUUCUUUUAGUGAGUUUGUAGAGAAGGGGGAAUGUUUUCCACUGAGCAAAGUAGCGAGUGCCAUUUCAUGAUUGUACCUUGUCCUCAUGAGCGCUGUGAACAGAAACUGUUGUAGAGGUUCAUAUUGUUUCCCAACAUUCCUGCCAUACCUGGUUAGUGUUUAAAUCCAUUCCUGUACCGACGUUAUCUGCUAUGUGUCGGUAUUUGUGAGCUGCUUCUGGCAUUUCCCAUGUAGCAUCCCUCUGCGAGUGAGUGUGUGUAUGUACGUGUGUGUGUGUGUGUGUGUGUGUGUGUGGUAGGGGGCUACCUCAAUCUGCACUAGAAGAUGCCUCACCUGUGUUGUCCACGUUGAUUCUGAGGUGCAGGGUAGCUGCUUCUUCAUAUUGUACCUACAUUGUACAGCAAAUGUGCAGAGGAUGAAGGAGUGAUGUUAGACAGGAGGAUGCAGCAGAAUUCAUGCAUGUAAAACAAACUAUACACUGUAUCUCAUCUUCAAAUAGGUUAAGAUUGUUAGGAUAUGUAUGUAUGUAUGUAAAUAUGAUGGGAACCCCCCCCCCCCCUUUUCAGAAUUAUGUAACUUAAAAUGACAAUAUUCAGGUUGCUCUAUGGUAUGUAACAAUUAAUGUUUUUGCACCCUGGAAAUCUAAAAAAAGAGAAUACACACGCGCCGUCUCUGCACUCCUGGAUCCAGCUCUCCUGUUCGGGCUUCAUGGGACACUCCUUCAUCUGGACAGAGAGCCGAUGAACGCAGCACUCUGUGUGCGGGCCCACACAGUCUGUCCUGAGUACCACUGUUGAGUGUUAGUACAUGUACUGUAUGUGUGCGUGUGGUAGGUGUGGAGGGGUUGGGGGGGGGGGGGGCUCUGUCAGGAAGCUUCGUCGGCCCUGGGACGUUUGGCCUCUGCCCCCUAUGUAUAGGUCUGAACUAUGAGCACAAAGGUGAAUUUCGGGACAAGAGACGCCGCUGACGUGCCCCUCUUCUGUGGUUGCGCCUGUACAUUCCUAUCUUCUGAAUGUGUAAACCUGUACAUGUGGUGUGAAAAUUCCUCUAUUAAUGUGUAUCAAGAGAAUGAAACAAAGACAAAAAAUGUUACUUUUUAAAUUAUUAUUAUCAUCAUUAUUAUUAUUAUUAUGACUCUUAUUAUUGUCUAGCUUUGUAAAACUGCUGAUCCAUCGGGCAUACCUCAGCAGACCUUCCCCCAUCUUUGAAAAAGGACAAACGAUUGGCGGGGAGAUACGGUUUUGGAUAAACUAUUUUUAAUUGUGGUUGAAGCAAUAGACUUUUUGAACUUUGAAUUGUGCAUGGCUGUGUCUUGAGUGUAAAAAAAAAAAACAACAAAAUAUUGCAGUUAGGGAUCUGGACUGAAAUAAAAAGAGGAAGAAAACCAGA